AUGAAUAUCUUCUUAGGCUUCAAAGGACACGCUUGUAUUGCAAAUAUGGAACGUCCACUUGUUAUGUAUCAAUUAGGAGAUACGAAUUUGACGAAUGCUGACAUGAGCAGGAAAUUCCGACAAGAUUUAGGAUUCGAAUAUUUUAGACGUGUGUCAACAAAAAAAGGAAAAUCAAUUUUUUACUUGUUCUAUACAAGUGAAAUGAAUACUUACGAUGCAUUAGUUGCUGCAAAGAGAAUCAAAUAUAUUUCGGUUGUACGAUAUCAACCCCGGAAUCGUGUUUUGCCACCACCUGCACAUCUUGAUGAAUUUCCUUGCGACGAACUGCCGUUUCAUCCUGGGCAUUGUCCAAAGAUUGUUAAUUUUUUAAGAUCUGCCUUUUCUAAACACAUCGAAAAAUUUCCAUCUCGAAGAUUGUUUAAACUAUUAAUUCAUCGUCUUGCUGACCAAACAGACGCAAGAAAAUUGAGAUUCAUAGGAGGUAUAUGCAAGAACGGAUGUGUAGAAUGGACCGAUGGUGGUGGCUAA